AUGUUUAUUGUUCCAGACACUAUGUCGAAUCAAGAUUACGUAUGCGACCACUGCAGUCGCUCAUUCACUAGGAAAUACAAUCUUCAAACACAUAUAGAAAAUUGUCAUUUAAAUUCAUCAUGUUAUUGUGAAAUUUGCGAUCAAAGAUUUGGAAGUCCAGCUGGUUUGCAGCUCCAUCUAUCUCGUGGCCAUAAUAGAUUUGGACAGGGCUUACCGGAAUGUGACUUGUGUGGAAGAAUCUUUACUAGAAAACAGAACAUCAACUCUCAUAUGAUAACAGUCCAUUUACAAGGCGGAAGACAGGAUAUACGCUGUACCAUAUGCAGUAAAACUUUCACAACAGAGCGUAAUUUAAAGCGGCACACAAAUCAGUUACACACACCCGGUGUGGAGUACCCAACAUGCAAUGAAUGCCAUCGCAGUUUUAAAGGGAAACAGUCCCUUAUAGCUCACAUUCAGUCUAAUCAUGCUAACUUUAAAGGUCUAAUAAAAUGUCCCCUUUGUGAUAAAGUUUACACGAAUAAUAGGAAUUUGAAACGUCACGUGGAAAGGCAACAUGGGGAAAAGGAAGAAUACAGGUGCGAUGUUUGUCCAAAAGUAUACACGUCCAAUCAAAGUUUAAGACGACAUACGAAAACUCAGCAUACUAACGAAUUGGCAAAUUCAGACCUUUAUGCCUUCUACCAUAACAUUUCCAAUGAAAAUUAUACAGAGCCUUAUAGAUUCUUAUUUUCUUGCGAUUUGUGCAACAUGUCAUUUGAAAGCGAGCCCAAUUUACGACAGCAUACCAAACUAAAUCAUUCUUUCCAAGACUUCUACGAUUACUGCAAACGUACUCUGCUAAAAACUUGGAAAGUCUCUGAGAAGGGGGAGAAGCAAAAGUUUUUGUUCUAUAAUUGCGAGUUUUGCAUCAACGCUUUCUCAACUGUUUACGAUCUAAAAGACCAUAUGAGGUCGUUUCACGAUAAGGAAUACAGUUUGUCUACUUGUAACGUGUGUUUCAACAAAUUCUACAGUAAACAGACCAUGUUUGAGCAUAAAAAAAUAUGUAUUCCGCCAGAAAACGUGAAUAGCUGUAGUCAUUGCGACAAACUAUUCACUGAUAUCUCCAGUUUAGAAUUCCACUUACGUAUCUUCCAUCCUCAAGCCCAAAUUGCAGAUUCUAAUGUAUCAUCUACUAAUAAAGAGGACUUGGAGUCUUCCCACAAAUGCCGACAUUGUGAAAGAAUCUAUUACAGUGACAGAUCGUUAAAACACCACAUAAAAUUAAAACACACGACUGAUGAAGCUGUCAAAUGUCAAUUUUGUUCGAAAAUCUGCAGCAAUAAAUAUUAUUUGGCAUCUCACAUCAAGAUCGUUCAUAAUAACGAUUCGUGGUCCAAAUGCGAUUACUGCGACAAACAGUUUAAGUCCAAGAGGAAUAUACGGAGGCAUAUAGAAUAUACGCAUCUAGGAAUGCAAAGAUAUAAGUGCAUUGAAUGUGAAACGUUGUUUAAAGAGAAGAGAAGCCUUCGGAAGCAUGUUAGGACCAAACACCCAAAUUCUACACUCUUCCCACAGUGUCAUAUUUGUGAAAAACGCUUCGAAUCAGCAAAAUCUUGCAAAAUUCACCUGAAACUACUACACUCUUUUAACAUGAACACGCAUCCAUGUGAUCUAUGUUCUGUCUCUUUCACAUCAGUGGAAGCUCUGAAAAUCCAUCUUUCAACGAAACAUUUGGCUGAAGACGAAAUUUACAAGUGCAAAGAAUGUAAUUUAGUAUUCAAAGGCCAGGAGAAAUUUGAUAAUCAUAACGAAGAGUUUCAUAUCAAUCUGCCGUCCCAAAAAACGCUACCCCGUUGCAUAAUCUGUAUGAAAGAUUUUAGCACACGAAAAACUUUGAAACGCCAUAUAAAGAAGUUCCACGAAGAUUUUAAUGUAGAUGAACUCGCAACGUACGGGACUCGAAAACGUAUAUUUACUAUUGAAUGCGGCGAAUGCAUAAAGAACUUCAAUGACGAAUUUUAUAUUGGGGUGUACCAAAAAAUAAAACAUUUAAGAGAUUCGACCAUUUUCAAAUGUGAAUAUUGCAAAAACUCAUACAACUGUCUGGAGUUUGCUAUACAGAGGUAUAAACAGACGUUUGACGUGUCGAAAGCUAAGCUUUAUUUGAGCGAACUUUGCACAGCGGAGAUGAGUGAAGAAUCUCAGUGUAAUGAAAGUAUGGAGCCAGAAAGUACCACAAGUGAUGUUAAAUUGGAACCUAUGGAGGUGUCUCAUUAUGUAAAAAUAGAGCCCACGUCACCA